AACUCAACGUCAGAUUUACCCGGUGACAAUCAGAGAAAGAGGACCUUCGAGAACAUUUGUGGAUUUAACGUACUCUUGUUUUCAAAGUAAAGUUAUUCAAGACCGUGCUGGAUUUUACGUGCAACAUGACAUUUGAGGAACUCAAUGAAGAUUACUCUGUUGAAAGGAUGGAUUCUGUGAUUAAAGCUCUGGAGGAGGUCCUGCGCUCCACAUUACCGCAGGGAUGUAUUACAGUUGGGGUCUACGAGGCUGCGAAGUCACUCAAUGUGGACCCUGAUAACGUUGUGCUGUGCAUCCUGGCCACGGACGACGAUGAUGUGAAAGAUGUGGCGCUUCAGAUUCACUUCACUCUUAUUCAGGCUUUUUGCUGCGAGAACGACAUCAACAUCCUGCGCGUCAACAACACUCGUCGCCUCGCGCACAUCCUCGGGGGCGCGGGCAUGCACGGCAGCGAGCAGAUGGAUCUGCACUGCAUUCUGGUCACUGUUCCACAUGCAUCCACAUGGAAGAACCCAGCUAUGGGAAAAGUGAACCGCUUCUGCAGAGAGAGUCGUUGUAUGGAUCAGUGGGUGCCAAUUAUUAACCUUCCAGAACGAUGAGGACAGCUAAAGAGAAGGGAAAACAUGGAUAAAAAUAUCUAGUAAAAAUCAUGAAAGCUGAAAAAGCACUGAUAGUCCAGACUGGAGGAACUAGGGAUUAAGCUACAGAAUAAACUGGAGGAGGAGCACCCUUUUGCAAUCCAAGAUGAUUCAGCAGUUUUUGGCUUUGCUUGUGGGACUUUUUGAGGACGUCACAGGAAGCUUAUUGUGAAUGGAAGUGAGCACCUGAGUGUCUUGUGAGAUAGUUUAUUGGUGGGGUGUCAUAAAGCACUUCAGUUAAUUACAGGAUGAAAUAUUUCUCAGGCAAUACAAUAUCAGAGGUGAUAUUUUUCAAAGAGGCUGCCCUGUUCUUUUUAUUUUUUUGCUAUCAUUUUUUAAUUGUACACUAUAAGUAA